AUGGCGACCCCCGACAAGAAAAAUAUUCAGGGAGAUAUAUGGCCUCGUCUGCCUAAGAAGUUCGAGACUUUCUACUUUUUUCGAAUCACCCAUGUAGAUCGUUUCAAAAACCACUUGGCCAAGCUUGUCCCAUUGAUUACCACAGCUGACGAUGCCUUCAAGAUGAGAGAGGACCUAUAUAGUAAAAAGGCAAACGGCACCCUGGCGGGACUGAUCAAGUUGUCAGCAGUCAAUGUUUCCUUUUCUUCUAAGGGACUUGCUAAGCUCAAUGCGGAGGGAUUUUCUGAUGAGGUUUUCAACAACGGCCAGUAUCAGGAUAUGACCUAUCCGGAGGCUGGUCAAGACCCGAAAAAACAUCAAGGCUUGGAUGAUCAACACGAUUGGUACCAUCAUUUCAAACCAAGAAACGGAUGGAUUGAUGGUGUGUUUAUUGUCGUUGGCGACAGUGCCGCGACAGUGAAGAGAACAAUCGAUAGGUUGAUUGAGGGGAUUUUUGAGGUCGGUAAAGGAGGCCAAAGCUUGCAAAGAGUCUGCUCCCAGAGUGGCCAUGUUCUGGACGAUGACAGAGAACACUUCGGGUGGGUGGACGGCCUUUCUCAGCCCGUUGUGAUCGGUUUGGACGAUCUCGAGAAGAAGAAGAAUCCGGAAGGCAUGAAGCCAAUUCCGGCUGGUACCAUCCUUGUCGGAGGUGACCAAGAUACCAGUACUACCCCAGCAUGGGCCAAGGAUGGUAGCUUCAUGGUUUAUCGUAUCUACGAGCAGAGGGUUCCUGAGUUUAUUUCAUGGUGUGCCUCAAAUAUUGAGAGGAUCAAAAUCGACAAGGGCUUUUCGGACCAAGCCAAAAAAGAACUUCGCCUAUUUUCAUCACGCGUCAUGGGACGAUGGCCUGAUGGAGCUCCAUUGGAACUUCAUCCAACCGAUGACCCUAGCGUGGUUCUCGACCACGAACCCAAUGAAAACGUCAGAAAGCUGAAGGAAAAAUGGGGGGCUGAUUUUGACAAAAAUUGGAAAGAGCAGGAAGUUAGAAACCACACAGACAACUUCAAUUACAAUGCAGAUGACCAGACAAAGUGUCCUUAUGCGUCGCAUAUUCGCAAAUGCGGUCCCCGAGAUGACCACCCCUUCUACCACAAGCAUCUUAUGCUCCGCCGAGGAAUCCCAUAUGGAGACCUCACAUUGACACCUGAAAAGGAGGGUGGUGUCUCGCAGGUGGAGCGUGGCCUUUUGUUUGUUUCCUACCAGAGCAGCAUCCAGAAUGGGUUCCGCACCGUGCAGAAAGAGUGGGCAAAUAAAGCGGAUGGCCCCGACGACAAGUCUGAAGAAUGCGGAGGUCUCCCACAAGGGAUUGACCCUAUCAUCGGCCAAGUUCCUCCGCAUCGCCGCGAUGACGACGAAGUUACUAUGUACAAGAGUCCUGCCCCUCUGGUAAACCUGCCUGACCCGAUGUUCCCUCCCCCAAAGGAAAAUACAAAGACUGUUGGAAUUAAUCGAUUCAUUAUUCCUCGUGGGGGUGAGUACUUCUUCUCGCCGUCAAUUUCGGGCAUGAAGGACCACCUCUGCAAGGCAUAA